AUGUUCACCAGAUCGUUACAAAGACAAGCCGUCAGGUUCAACAGCACAGUCACAAAGUCAGCACCAAGAACCUUGUCCAACGCCUACAUUGGUAAGUUGGAGACCAGAUGGACCACCUUACCAAAGGAGGACCAGCAAACAAUCAUAGAGGAAUUGAAAGCAAGAAUGGAAUUGCCAUGGCAAGAUUUGUCUGCCGCUGAGAAAAAGGCUGCUUAUUACAUCUCUUUUGGUGAAUGGGGACCAAGAAGACCAUUAUAUGCCCCAGGGGAAAAAUCACAGAUUUUUUGGAUCGUCACUGGUUGUGUUGUAGGAUCAGUAUUCUUGUUUGGAGGUAUCAGAAUGUUGGCCAAACCAGCCCCAGCAUCUUUAGGCAGAGAAUGGCAAGAGAAGUCCGACGAAUACUUGAAAUCAAAGAACGCCAAUCCAUUCUCCGGUUACUCACAAAUUCAAUAA